UAAUUAAUACUUUAGUCUGCUCUACUAGGAACUUCCAUCUGAGAUUCCAGAUAAAAGGCGACAGCCGUACUAUUCAAUUAUUUCCUUUCGUCUCGAAAUAUUACCCAAUUUCCUCUUAAUUGCUUCAUAGUUGAAUAGUUACCAUUUUACCUAGGAAAAAAGAGCAGUUUUACAACAAAAUGGAUUUAUUUGAGAACGAAAAUCCAGACAUAAAAUUGCAUCUUCAGCAUUUGGAAAACUCCGAUGAAAAUAUUCUGACCCACCAAAACUUCGACCGGGCGUUGCAAAAUGCGUUCACGACAAUCAAUGUAUUUAUUCUGAUUCUAAUCAUGAUUGCAAUGGGAGCAAAAAUGAAGUUGAAACAUAUCAGAAACCACGUGAAGAAACCACUCGGACCUCUUGCGGGAUUCGUGUCGCAGUUUGUUAUCAUGCCUCUCGUUUCAUUUCUCGUCGCUCAUUUGUUGAAAUUGGAGGCUGAGCAUGCAAUAGGGGCUUUAAUAAUGGCGUGUUCACCAGGUGGUGUUAUGUCUAACAUGGUGACUUAUUACACAAAAGGAGACUGCUCACUUAGCAUAACAAUGACUACCCUUUCUACCUUGUUGGCUUUCGGAAUGAUGCCCUCUAACUUGUGGCUGUAUACUCGAAACUGGACCAAAGGCACGACCAUGUCCAUUCCGUACCACACAAUCCUGCUGUCUCUACUCCUCAUCCUCAUCCCAGUGGCGGCUGGAUACUUGUUCGUGAUGAAGUACCCCAACAUGCGGGGAGUUGUGGCUAAGACUGGCUCCUUCAGUGGCAUGCUGGCCAUUGUCAUCUCCAUGAUACUCUUCUUCUUCAUGAACUACUCCCUCAUGCAGAUGUCCAGCAUAGACAUUUGGAUAGCCACCGCUACCAUGCCCAUAUUAGGGUUCUGUUUCGGCUACGCCCUCUCGGCCAUGUUCUGUCUCACUCAGAAGCAGAAGAGGACUGUGGGCUUCGAGACAGGCUGUCAGAAUGCCUCGAUCGCCUUCUCAGUCAUCUCCAUGUCAUUCCCCGCAGACGUCCUUGGUCACGUGCUCCUGGUCCCGCUCCUAUUCUGUCUUUUCUCAUUCUUCGAGGGCUGGAUAUUCGUCAUCGCAUGGCAGAUGGUAAAAAAAUUGACUAAGAAGUGGGAUGUCUGGAAGGAGCAAGGAUGCCAGGGCUUCGAGGAGAGCUCGGACGAGGAAGACGAGGACGCUAAACGAGAACCCGAUGAGAAGUUCAAAGCACGAGUCGCCUCACUCACCCAAACUGCCAUCGAGUGGCGCCUCAAACGACAGAGCUCACGUCAAUUCAGUCGGAACGGAAGCGCCAUAAAUCUACAACAGCAACACCAUCAGCAUCAGCAUCAACAGCAGAUUAAAAUGAAUUGCAGUAACAACUUACUGCAACCCCCAAUGACCAUGAGUCCAAGUGGAAUGUUUAUUGUAGACAAGGCUAAGACUACCCAAGUAUGAUCAAACAUCAAACUAAAUGUUGUUGUUUAUAUUUUGUGACUUAUAGAUUUCAUAGAUCUAUAGAAUGAUUUGCGUGAUAUUAAUAUGCAUGAUACUAUUAAAUUUACA